AUGGGCCCUGGCGACUACGAAGGUUGGAAAGAAGUUGGAAGGGCACCGGCCUGUGCCAAGUGCGGGUGCAAGAAUAAUUUUCGAGGGAGCUUCUACUGCAAAGCAUGCGGCCACAAGCUGUCCGACCUGUCCCCUGCAGCAGCACCAGAACCUAGAGGAGUCUGGGGCGAUGCUGGCCAACCACACCAAGAUGAUGUUGGCAAGGGCGGCAAGAAGGGCAAGGGGCGAAAGGGCAAGGGCAAGGGUCAGGACGACGCGAGUGGAGGAGGCCCAGCCUUGCCUCGUGCGCCAGGGGCCCAGUUCCUGGUGGCCCAGCCUAAGGAAGCGAACACUGACAUGGAGAUCAACGGCCUGGAGCAGCUGGUGGCGAUGUUGGAACGAGCUGGCGACACAGCCACGGCGGCGAAGCACAGGAGGGUUUUCGUUGAGAAGAAGCGCAAAGCGGCUGAGAAGGAGUACGUCGCACCAUUGUCCCAGCGGGUCACCCUGGCCCACAAGCAGGUGGCGGAAGUCAAUCAGAAGUUGGAGAAGGCUGUGGCGCACUUCGAGCGCCUCUCGGAGGGGCUCGAGCACCAGCGCCAGUGGGUGCAGCAGCUUUCGGACGAACUCGAGGAGCGCGAGGCGGCGCACCGCAGGCUGGCGGUGGAGCUCAAUGCGAAGUUUGUACCGCCGCAGCAGGACGCCCAGCCCCAGGCGCUCAGCGUGGCGGGCAUCUUGGACGGCACGAUCGAGUCGAUCCCUCUGUCUUUCGCGGGCCCGGGCUUCGAUGAUGCAGAAUAUGAUAUGGAGGAGGCUGACAAGCGCGAGCUGGCUGACCGCACAGCGAGACUGCAGUCUGAGCUGUCGGCGGCGGUCCGAGCCACGUUCGGGCAGGCGGCAGAGAAGGCCAAGGCUUUCAAGACCGAGCAGGAGCAGAUGGCACAGCGCCUUGCAGGCAAGCGCAGACGUCAGGAGGGAGGCGGGGCCGCUCCUGGUGACGAACCCAAGCCUGGUCCCGCCGCUGGGCAGCCUGAAGGAGAUAGCGCUGCAGCUGCUGCGGCCGCUUCAGAGCCAGCGCCUGGGACGCCAGUGGCAGGAGCUACGGAAGGCGAGGGGCUCAAGCAGCGGACUGCCAUGAUUUGCCGCCCCCCCUCACGAAGGCGCGCUGCUGGAGAUCGAGCUGGCCCAGCAGCGCGGGGCGAUGCAGAUCGGCCCGCCCCUGGCUCCAUGGGGCUGCCGCCGCCGGAGGUCGUCGACGAGGAUGGGCCUGGGGCGGUCUUCUAUGAUGGCAUCGCGGAGUCGGCAGCCAGAUGGAUUCCGCGUCUGCAUUCGCCCGAGUCAGGAGCGGCCAGCUGGAUGAGAUGGUGCAAGCCCUACGUCAGGGAGCUGCUCCUGCAGGCCUGGGACCUUGACUGGGCGCGGGAGGCUCGCCAGGAGAUGACCGUAGACCAGAUGGCGAAGACAUCUGCACGGAGUCCUGACAUGAUGGAGCUGAUAAUCCAUGACAUGGAGAUGCUGCGCUGGGCCCUCCGCCGCCACUGGGAGGAGCUGCGCAGGAUGAAAAAUGAAAUGAAGGACCUGCUGGGCCUUCCUCGAGAUGAGGGCCAGCGGACCUCUGACGGGAUUGAGGGCGAUGUGGAAGCCGUGCUGACGACUGGCGCUCCGACACUCACUCCCAAGAUAGAUGUGCAGCAGGCGCCGAGCACGCGCCUGGACGGGGACGUCAUGAUAGACCUCGCCGAGAAGCGCCGGUGGCGACGGCUGCUGGGCGGCGGCACGCCGGUGGCCGCGGCGGAGCUGGAGGCCGGCUGCGACGGCCUCGCGGGCGCCUGGCUCAUCUGCGGCGAGCACUCCCUGUGCGUGAGCGGCCCCGCGCGCGGCAAGUCCAGCGCCAAGGAGGCUGCGGCGGAACGCGGCAGGCAGCCCGAUGACGACUUCGAGGCGACUUUCGGGAUGGCCGAAGGCGUUGGCCGCGUCAGGGUGCAGCAGGGCCUCUGGCUGGCGGCGGACACCCGGGGCACGCUCCUCUGCGGCGCCCGCGAGGGCGAGGCCGGGGUGCGCACGGAGGCGGUCUGCUACGCGCCCGGCCUGAUGACGCAGGCCGGCACUGUCGCGCUGGCGCGCGGCGCCUCCCCGCAGCUGUGGCGGGUGCGCGAGCUCGGGCACGAGGCCUUCGGGCCGCCGCUGGCAGGCCGCGCGGGCGCCGCCGGCGGAGAGGGCGCGUCAGCGGCCCGCCUUGAGACCAGCAGGGCCCCACCGCUGGACGGCGGCGCGGCGGGGGACGUCGGCCGUUCAACGGCCGGCGGCAAGGGCGGCAAGCCCGGCGACUGGACAUGCCCGCAGUGCCAGUUCCUUGUCUUCGGCAGCAAGGACGCGUGCAUGAGGUGCGGGGCCGGAAGGUCGAGCGGCGGCGUCCGCGGAAGCGGCGGCGCGCCGCCUGGCCCCAAGUGGGGCGGGAAGCCGGGCGACUGGACGUGCCCAAGCUGCCAGUUCCUGGUCUUCGCCAGCAAGGACAGCUGCAUGAGGUGCGGCUCCACCAGAGCCGACGCCCGGGGGCGAGGGGGUCCCCGGCGCUCGCGGACACCCCCUCGGCGGGAGAGCACGCCGCGCCGAGCGGCCAGCAGCUCGGAGAGCUGGAGGCCCACCCGCGUCGCCCAGGAGGCGCCCGCGCGCGGCCGCACCUGCAGCAGCGGAGGCGGCCACGGCGCCCGCGCUUCGAGGCGGUCGCCGUCGGCAGCGCGGCGGAAGAGAAGGAGAAGCCACCGGGCGCGCGCCGAGAGCAGCUCGGGCAGCGGCAGCAGCACGUGA